AUGUUGGCAUUGUUGCCCGUCAUAUUGUAUGAGAUGCAGUCGGUGUAUGUCAAGACUGCAGCUGACAAUGUCCUGGAAGUGGCUGACCCGCGGAGUCCGCCGUUGCGCGACGAGGCGGGGCGGUCAGCGUCCAGCGAGAGCCUCUGCGCGUUCCGGAGAGCCGAGAUCGCAGGGGAGAAGCCCUCUUUCGCGCCCCUUCCGACGGCCCUCGGGCUUUUGGAGGUUUGCGUAGCGCCUGGCGCCCAGGCCUCGAAGCAGUUGUCCAGGUGGAGGAACGGAAGUUGGCAAGCUGGUGACCGGCAUGGCCUGCGGACUCUGGGCGCGUGGCUGCUGGCUGUUCCUCGGACUGCUGGUUCUGGCACCGUCCCUCUGAUCAUUGAGAUGCCUGGAGAUGUGUACGAAUAUGUGCCCACCCCUCUGGACUGGUGGCACGCAGAUGGGUACUGCCAACAACGUUUCGCUCAGUUGCCCUCUGAGGCCUGGGAUGGUGAGCUGGCAUCUCUCGGCAAAAAGCUGCAGCUCCACCGAGUCCAGAGCGCCAUCUGGUUGAACGAUGGGGAGGUGUUCCUGCGGAAGCAGAGGCAAAGGCGAGUCCACUCGGCGCUGAUCCUGGUGUUCAAGAACAAAACGGACACAAAGUUUGUGAAGGUCCUCACUGACUUCCCAAAGAUGGUGGCUGUGAGUGCCUGUGCCCACGUGCAGUGGGACCCAGGGGCCCUGGAAAUCUCAACAGUCUUCUCCUACGCAGUCCCGGCCUUCAUCAACGAGUUCCAGGUGCGCGGCUUUGUUGAUGAGGAUGGAUUUGUCCGGUUUGCCAUCAUCCUCCACGGGCACCACUCCCCGUAUCUGCCGGUCUUUCGCACCGACGGGCAGUGGCACCAUUUCUGUGUCACGUGGCAACAGCAGAAUGGGACGUGGGCCAUCCACGCAGACGGGAAGGAGAAGGCAUCUGCCACGGGGCUUUCGGCCUCCCAGGCCAUUGACGGUCAUGGGACCUUCAUUAUUGGCCAAGACCAGGACUCCCUGGGUGGGGCCUUCAAGGAGAAAGAGUCCUUUAGUGGGAACCUCACUGGCUUGCACGUUUGGUGGAAAGUCCUCAGCAGAGAGCAGAUGGAGAAAGUGCGCUCCUGCAUCACCAUUGAAGAAGGGCUUGUGUUCCGCUGGAGCAGCGACAUCCUUGAGGUAGAAGCAAGCGUUCAACAGGCCACGGUGCAGCUGAUUUGCCCAGGGCCUGUGGAGGAAUGCCGUAUGCUUCAGGUCACCCAUGGAAGCCUCACUUACGCACCCUGCCUGCAGUUGCUGCCUUUUGUCUGCCACUACAGGAAAGAUCUUUAUUUGCAGUUGAAGAAGACGCAAUCAACAUCCGUCCCGCCGCUUAUAGCUCAGGUUAACGCACGAGCAAAUACAACGGUGAUUCCUGAGAGUGUUUUCCAGGCGGACACCCGAGGAGUGGAUGUUUCAGCAGCUGCAGAUUACCUGGGAGUGGUGGAGACAGUCCUGACGGAUGUCGGACCUCCUUCUCUGGACGCAGCAUCUCUCCUGGGUGUCUUCCAGCUCUUGAGGGGAGUCUCGGACAUGGAAGUCAACCAGCCGGAGCAACUGCAGGCGUUGGAGCAGCUGGGCCGGCACUACGUGGAGAUUGCUGGGAUAAUUCUGGAGGAGCGAAACGCUGAGGAAUGGUCCGAGAUAAAGCCGAUUCUUGGUGGACCCAUGAGAGUUGUGGAAAAUGUGGACAAGAUGGCCUCCAGCCUCCAUCAGCUCCUGAGUGCAGACAGGCUGAAAGUCACCAUCCAGAGCAAGAAUGUUGGAGUCGAAGUGCGGCGCGUGGAGCUGGACAUGCUGGCGUCCGGCAGCGCUGCGUACGUGAUGCUGAACCAGCAACGAGACAAGCCUGACCAGAUCGAGGUCCCGGCAGAAGAAAUGGAGAGGCUGCGACUGAGAGGUCUGCACCAGAUCACCAUAACUAACACCUGGUACGGUUACAACUCCCUUCAGCGCCUUCUUGCUGGUGGCAAUGCUGUGUUUGAGGAUGCGGCUGUGUCGGACGGAGGCAGGAGGUACCUGAGCACCCAGGUGAGCUCCUCUAUUAUCUCCUCCACUCUGGUCAGUGACUACGAGGAAAUCAGCACCUCUGUGCAUUACCGCCUCCGGCAUCAGGUCCAGGCUCAGCCAGACCAGUUCAUCGAGCCAGUUUGUGCCUUCUGGAACUUCAGCAGAAGUCCCGAAGGAGGCGGAGGGUGGUCCACCACAGGCUGCUCUGUGGUCACCUCCCAUGUGGAGUUCACCGCCUGCUCGUGCAACCACACCACCAACUUUGCGGUGCUGCUGCAGGUCUACGACGUGCAGAGGAGUGCUGAGGAGGAAUCGACCCUGAAGACCUUGACCUUCGUUGGCUGUGGCGUCUCGUUCUGUGCCCUGAUCGUCACCUUUGUCCUCUUCCUGGCGGUCGGCGUCCCCAAGAGCGAGCGGACCACCGUGCACAAGAACCUGAUCUUUGCGCUGGCGGCUGCAGAAGCAUUGCUCAUGUUCAGUGAAUUGGCCAAAACGAACCAGGGAGUGUGUUUUGCCGUCACGGCCUUCCUGCACCUCUUCUUCAUGGCCGCGUUUGCCUGGAUGCUGGUGGAGGGUCUCCUCUUGUGGAGCAAAGUGGUGGCUGUAAACAUGAGCGAGGAUCGGCGGAUGCGAUUUUACUACGUGACUGGAUGGGGGCUCCCUGUGGUUAUCGUUGGCGUGACCUUGGCCACAUCGUUCAACAAAUACGUGGCAGACAAUCACUGCUGGCUGAACGUGCAGACGGACAUCAUCUGGGCUUUCGUUGGGCCUGUCCUCUUUGUCCUGACGGUGAACACCUUUGUGCUUUUCCGGGUGGUGAUGGUGACUGUUUCGAGUGCACGGCGGCGGUCGAGGAUGCUAACUCCCAACAGCAGCUUGGAAAAGCAGAUCGGCAUCCAGAUCUGGGCGACUGCCAAGCCGGUCCUGGUGCUGUUGCCUGUUCUCGGUCUCACGUGGGUGUGUGGCGUUCUUGUGCACCUCAGCAUUACCUGGGCCUACAUCUUCAUUGUGCUGAACUCCCUUCAGGGUCUCUAUAUUUUCCUGGUCUAUGCCAUCUACAACAGCGAGGUGCGAAACGCCAUCCAGCGUAUGAAGGAGAAGAAGAAAGCACUCUCUUUCACGAAUUGCUCUCACCCCAUCAAUUAUCUGUCAAGUCCAAGAAACACAUCCUGGGAGGUGGGUAAGUUCAACCCUUCCACUCCAGAGAAUACGGCCUCUCCCUCCAUAGAGAAGGACUCUUCAACAAAGAACAGCAGUGGCAAGGGGAACUUCAGUGCCAAAAUUCCAAUGGGACUUUCCUCAAUUAUGUCACCAGAGAGACCGGCUGUACAACUGACUGCAUUCAAAUCAUCAGGUUUGUGAGAAGAACUGCUCUAGGUGACCUGUUCUUCCACCAGCAAC